AGUUCCGUUUUCGUGACCAGCCUUGUGCAUGUGUGUUGAGUGGACAGGACGAGGCAACCAGCCAGUCGGUCCCUGCUGAUGAUGCUGUUAUCUGCAAACGCAGGAAGGACCUAACGCCUGCCAUUCCAGCGAGAUGCUCCGCAAAACUUGUGAAACACGAUGUUUGUCUAGAAAAAUAAGUCAGUGAAAAUUAAGAUUAUUUUUCUUUUGAAAAACAGUGAAACCGCCUUCCUUCGAUGGAUUCCUGUUCAGCCCAGCGCGUGUUUGAGCCGCCUGCUGUGUGUAAGCCGGUGCUGGAAGGACGGCUCCAGACGGGUUAUGUCACCGGCAGAGGCUGCCCUGACGCUCCCUGCGGCCCGGAGACUAUGUACAAGAGGAAUGGUCUGAUGGCUAGCGUGUUGGUCACCUCUGCCACUCCACAGGGCAGCAGCUCAGACUCCCUGGAGGGCCAGAGCUGCGACUAUGCCAGCAAGAGCUACGACGCCGUUGUCUUCGACGUGCUGAAAGUGACCCCCGAGGAGUUUGCCAGCCAGAUCACGCUGAUGGACAUCCCCGUGUUUAAAGCCAUCCAGCCGGAGGAACUGGCCAGCUGUGGAUGGAGUAAGAAGGAGAAACAUAGCCUCGCCCCCAAUGUCGUGGCCUUUACCCGGAGGUUUAACCAGGUCAGUUUUUGGGUUGUACGAGAAAUUCUAACAGCACAGACUUUAAAAAUAAGGGCAGAAAUCCUGAGCCAUUUUGUGAAAAUAGCCAAGAAACUUCUAGAACUCAACAACCUUCAUUCUCUCAUGUCUGUGGUGUCAGCGUUGCAGAGCGCGCCCAUCUUCAGGCUGACCAAGACCUGGGCUCUUUUGAAUAGAAAAGACAAGACCACCUUUGAGAAACUGGACUACCUGAUGUCCAAAGAAGAUAACUACAAACGGACUCGGGAAUACAUCCGAAGCCUGAAGAUGGUGCCCAGCAUUCCCUAUCUAGGGAUCUAUCUCCUGGAUUUAAUCUACAUUGAUUCCGCAUACCCUGCCUCAGGCAGCAUCAUGGAAAACGAGCAGAGAUCCAACCAGAUGAACAAUAUUCUCCGGAUAAUUGCCGAUUUGCAAGUUUCCUGCAGCUACGAUCACCUCACGACCCUGCCCCACGUGCAGAAGUACCUGAAGUCCGUACGCUACAUCGAGGAGCUCCAGAAGUUUGUGGAGGAUGACAACUACAAACUGUCGCUCAGAAUCGAACCAGGAAGCAGCUCUCCGAGACUCGUUUCUUCCAAGGAAGAUCUUGCAGGCCCCUCAGCAGGCUCCAGUUCGGCUAGAUUCAGCAGGAGGCCCACCUGUCCUGACGCAUCCGUGGCCGGCAGCCUCCCCACACCUCCAGUCCCCAGACACAGGAAGAGCCACAGCCUGGGCAACAAUAUGAUGUGUCAGUUGAGUGUAGUUGAGAGUAAGAGCGCGACGUUCCCGUCGGAGAAGGCCAGGCACCUGCUGGACGACAGCGUCCUAGAGUCCCGCAGCCCCCGCAGGGGCCUCACCCUCACCUCCUCCACCGCCGUCACCAAUGGACUCUCCCUAGGCAGUAGUGAGAGCUCAGAGUUUAGUGAAGAGGUGUCCACAGGGCUGGAAAGCAGGGGACGUCUCUAUGCCACGCUGGGGCCUAACUGGCGGGUUCCGGUUCGGAAUUCUCCCAGGACCCGGAGCUGCGUCUACAGCCCCACAGGUCCCUGCAUCUGCACCCUGGGGAGCUCGACGGCCGUGCCCACCAUAGAGGGACCUCUGAGAAGGAAAACCCUGCUCAAGGAGGGCCGGAAGCCCGCGCUGUCCUCGUGGACCAGGUACUGGGUCAUUCUCUCAGGAUCCACCCUGCUGUACUACGGAGCCAAGUCCUUGCGGGGCACAGACCGGAAACACUACAAAUCCACGCCCGGCAAGAAGGUGUCCAUCGUGGGCUGGAUGGCACAGCUGCCCGACGACCCCGCGCACCCGGACGUCUUCCAGCUGAACAACCCUGACAAAGGCAAUGUUUACAAGUUCCAGACUGGCUCCCGAUUCCAUGCAAUACUGUGGCACAAGCACCUGGACGACGCGUGUAAAAGCAACAGGCCUCAGGCGUUGUGCGAAAUGCGUCACAUGCAGGAAUCGGCCGAAUCCUCCCCACGCCCCUCGGAGGUACCUGCAAACCUUAUGUCGUUUGAAUGAGUCUCUGCAGGACUUGGCGUGACUGCAAAGGCUUCUGGGAGCCCAGCCCGGGCCUGGUGGUGAAGAGCAGUCCUGGGCACAGGCUGGGGCCAGGGCGCUGGGCCCCCCCCCCAGCCAGACUCGGGGGCACGGCCUGCGCCGGCCUCACAGCGCCCGAGGGCUCCCCCAGUGCAGGAUCCACCUGUCAGUCCCCAGCGACUCAUGACACUCAUUCCGCGGCGCCACCCCGCGGGGGCCGGUGCUGGACCCCAGACUCUCCGCCCUGCGCUCUCUGACUCUGGGUCUUCGUCCGUCCACCAGCUGCUUCUGCCGCUGGAGCGCAGUCGGCCCGCGUUGGGUUCUCCGUGCUUCCCGCCGCACGCAGAGUGGACAGCGGCCAGCAGCGGCGCGUGGCGGCGAGCGGGGCCAGGGAGCAGGGACAGGCUGUGCCGCAGGCUUGUCACAACCCAACGACACACGGCGUUGCUCGCCCACGGCGCCGCCGCAGAUUCUGUACAGAUUUUGUACAACGUGCACGAGCAGGUGUGAACUCGGAGAAACAUGCAUUUUGGCACGAGACUGGUGACAUCACACACUUCGUUCGCUUUGAGGCCCGCUUUAACCCUGUCCUCCAUGAAUGCCGAGAGCGAGCCCAGGUUCCUCCUGUGUUAAGGGUCCCUUGCGUUCUUUUACUGUAAACAAACAAUGCCUUAACUCGUGUCUUGUUUUCUGUCCCUAUGGGUGCUAUUCAUCUGGAAGGCCUGCUCCCUGGGCCCCUGGGGCCCUUCCAGGCCUUGUCGCUGUCAGCCCUUCUGAGACAGGACCUGGCCCAGGACUGUGGACUGGGCCGCUGGCCAGCUCGCUUGCUCCUGUGCCCCCUCUUGGCAGGGCCUGGAGCCCUUCUCUCCUCUCCCUGCCCCACCACGCCCAGAUGGGAGGUUGCGACAUUUUUCUCCCUGGAAGCAGCCUGGAGGCCACGGAGCUCACAGAGUUGGGGUGCACAGAAGCCACGUGGCACCAACCUGGCCCCGCAGGGCGAGGCUUCCGAUGCCCUCAUCUCCCCCAUUUGCCUGCACUGCCAGGACAGGACCCCGCCGGGACUCCUGAUCAUCACGCCGGGGAGCUGAGUGACACUGAGGCCUUAAGCUCCUCCAGUCUUGCCCCCAGAUGCAGUCACCAGCAAGUCCUCCUCAUCCAAGUCCAAGGGCACCAUCGGUGAUGGCCAUGUGACCGGAGAGCCAAGCCAGGGAGUGAACCGUCCAGCGUCUGCGUCCAGUUAGGAGCUCUUCCCACAAAUGUCAGCCUUGACCGCUCACCUUUUAUUUUGCACAAAUACAUUUUUAUUCAAAAUAAUAAGUUCCUCUGUCAUCAUAGCUUCUCUCUCCCUCCUCUUCCUCCCCACCCCCUCAUCUUCCUUUUCCUUCCUCCCCUCUGUCUGUCUGUCUGUCUCUCGCUCGGAUAUCCUAACUGGGAGAAGGAAACCCCAAAGCAGUUUUCUGAAAGAGACCGAGUUUCUGGUCCCCAUUGCUAUGGUGAUUUCCAAGUUCACAUCUUCCAGGCAUCAAACCACCCUUCAGAGCUCCUGGGUGAGACGCACGCCAUCAGCAUCUAUGCCAGGAACCGGGAAUAGGACCCGCCACUGGAUUGGGCUCACAUGGUGACAGACUGGAGCGAUCCGGUUAGGAAAGGAGUUGUCGUCAGGAUCGCCUUCUGCAGCUGAGCCUGGCUGUGCUCGGAAACCAGCCCCCUGUUCAAGCAAAGACUAGGGACGUCCAUCCAGAUGGCAAAGUGGACGCACCAAACCUUGGCCACAGGUGCUGUGCACAGCCACCCCUAGCCGGGGCCUGGACGCGUGCACCCAGCUCUACCAGUGAGUUCAGAUGGGCCGCGGGGAUCUGCGUGACAACACCAGCCGCUCCAGACACCUCUGCCCGGAACCACGCAGCGUUCAUACCUACCCUACCUUGAAUCUGAUUCUGUCUUAAGUUCGGAUCAGAACAUCGGCUACUUGUUUUCCUUGAGUUUCUCCACUCUUCCCACUGCCCUGUGGGGCACACACAAAUGGCAGUCCCCAAACCCCGGAAUCUUGGGCUCCCUUAAGUCAGACUGUCUUCUGGUCGUUCUUCUUUGUCAUGAGCACUUUGUUCUGAGCUAAUCUGAAAUGGCACAACCACAAUUCAGUGUUCAGUCUCUUCACGAGUUGGGACCGAUCCCUCAUCCCCUCCCAGAGACGUUCUUAGCUUGGACUCUUGGAGAAUCUGGUUAGACAUUGUUGGCUCAGAGCCUCGUAGCGCCACGUGGGAGCCUCCACUACUGCAGAAGAGUGCCUGGGACGGAGCCGGGUGAUGAUCGGCUCUGCCUGGGAGCUCGGGCCAAGCAUGCGAGCGCCGUGCUGCUGGUCCUCGCGCUGCGGACGCGGAGGCCUGUGAGCCGGGGCGCGGGGGAGAUCUGGAGGUGGACUCAGCCUGGAAGAAAGCUCCUCUGUGUGUGGCUCCUUGGCUGGCCACCACGCGCAAACGUUGGCGAAACCACUGGAGGCGUUCUGUGGAAUAGGGUGCAGGUGGUUUGUUUUUAAGCAAUGGAUCAUGGCACCCCCAAAAUGAAAGAUAUAGAGAAGUAUCCAUGGCCUGUGGAAUAGGCAGCUGGUGGCUCUGUCCCAGGAAGACACCCGCCGCUCCCUGGAAGUCCUUUGUUGGCCCUCAGUGGAAUGCAUUUUGUAACUCAAGGCAGCUGAGCUACCCUGCAGAGGAUGGAUUUGGGGGGAGGGCAGCAGAAAUCCUGCCCUUAACUUGCCCGGUGAGCGUGCAGGCCCCUCCUCCCUGGCCGGCAGCACACUGGGCGCCCCGUCGGACUGUGCGACGUGAAGGGGUGACACUUGGGGGACUCUGACUAGGGGAGACCUGCUCUCCCUCGCCAGCUGAAUUGAUAGUUUUGAUUUUCCCCUUUCUCACUGAGAUGGCCAAUAUGUCUUUGAUCAUGGCCUCCCACCUCCCAAGCCCAGGAGAUGUGUAUCUCACAGGUGGUCCAUGAAAACAGGAGGCCGUUCGCACAGCCAGGUCCGCUGUAGUCUUCGCGUGGGGCCCAGCUCUGUGCCCGCGCUGCAGGUGCCGGCAGCCACCAGGUGGACGUUGCCAAAACCAGGGCUUCCUUUUGGUGACACCAGAAGUGACUUUUUAGCCCUCCAGCCGACUGACAUGUUGAGUGAUUUCAUGUUUAAAAAGGCAAGAAACAGAAACCCCUCUAAGAGUCCCUUAGAAAUAAGAGGCCGUCUGCACAGUUCAUUCACUCACACCCCUGCCAGUGCUUCCUGUGUGCCAGGACAGACCCAGCCCCGCCCUCAUGGGCCUGAACAAGGCAGUCCCCCCACCCAGCCCCUGCUCUCUCCGGGCACGGGGUACAGUCUCGAGCAGAUUUCCCUGGAAAGGCUUCAGAAGGGUUUGACAGACUGACCGGCCUCUGGAUUCGCAAGGCAGCGGCAGUGAGGGCCAGGCGAGGCGCUGGCCCAGGGCCGCUUGGCUCCGAGCAGCCGGGAGCGGAGCGAGUCCAUCCGUGCAAGGAGAGAGUUGGGUCUGAACGUUCACAGUGUUUAUGUCGUAGGCUUAAAAAAAAAAAAAAAGUCAGUGUUAAAUACAAGUGCAGUAUGGGCAAGAGCCGCGUUCCCUUGGGCGUUGGGAGCUUGUAGCCCGGACUGGAGACCGCCUCAGGGCGUGGGCCGCAGGAGACUGUGGCCCCCUCGGGCAGCGCCGAAGUCCUGCUCGCAGCGCGCCCCAUCUCUGAACGACUGUGACCCUUCGGUAACGAAACAAUAGUACUUAAGUUAUUAGUAUGGUAUAAUCUUCAGUAAAUCUUCGUGCCAAAAUGCAUGGUUUUCCAAUUAGCAUUCAAAAUGUGGCGCGGAGCGUAGCUUUCCGUUGCUUACGAGUCUCUGCAUUUCCGUUCCUUCCCCGUGGGCUCUGUUGCACUCUGCCCCGGGCAGCCCCCCGCAUGCAGCUGUGUGUGCACUUUGUCCCUGUGAACCUCCGCGCCGCAGCCAGCCACGCCGGGCGGCAGCCCUCUGUGGCGUUCUCUAGGUUCUUGGUGUGAAGUAUUUUGUUACCUCAGUCUUGUACCAAGUUGCUGUAUUUUUCAGCUCGUUACUCUGAUAAUAAUUGUUUCACUAAUGAAAGACUUUCAUGUACAAACAUCUUUGUUUACUUGGAAAUUAAAUGUGUUUUCCAAUGAC